GAGUGAAGAGCCUCCUCUUGCUGCCUCGUCUCGCCUCGAGGACCAGACUUUGAGCAACGGCCGCCCUGUGUCGGCUGUUCGUGCACCGUUUGAGGCAAAAGAGCGAUCGCCUUGCGGGUGGGAGCGGCCGGAGCGCUCAUGUCUUUCCUCUUUUCCUCACACCAUGUCGUCGCCUCCUCUCCUUCCUGCUUCCGUUCGCCCUUUUUCUCUCCGUCUCCUUCCCCUCCCUCUCUCCCGCCGAUGCCGCUCGUGUUUCCGGUGCAGAGAAGGAAAUCCUGCCGUCUGAGGCUCGCCCUGGCCAAGGAUUCCGGAACUGUUGCCUCCAGCGGGGACUCGAAGCCCCAGAAUGGCAAUCUGCCAAAAAGUCGGAGGGACAUUCUUCUGGAAUAUGUAAGAAAUGUAAAGCCUGAGUUUAUGGAAUUGUUCAUGAAAAGGGCACCACAACAGGUUGUUGAUGCCAUGCGUCAAACUGUGACAAAUAUGAUAGGAACACUUCCACCUCAAUGUUUUGCAGUAACUAUUACUACGGUAGCAGAAAACUUGGCACAACUUAUGUAUAGUGUUAUGAUGACCGGUUACAUGUUUAGGAAUGCACAAUACCGUCUGGAAUUGCAGCAAAGCUUAGAACAGAUUGCUCUUCCUGAUCCAGAAGAGAAAAAUACAGAGCAGAAGGAUUCAGAUCAUGCAUCUGGUACCCAAAAAAUGGUGACUGGAGAAGUUAUUAGAUGGAACAAUGUAACUGGUCCCGAAAAAAUAGAUGCAGUAAAAUACAUAGAAUAUCUUGAAGCAGAAAUUAAAGAAUUGAAUCAUCAAGUUGCAAGGAAGCCUUUAAAUGAACACAAUGAACUUAUGGAAUACUUGAGAAAUCUUGAACCUCAAAAUAUAAAGGAACUGACAAACAAUGCAGGAGAAGAUGUUGUAUUUGCUAUGAAUACCUUUAUAAAGCGCCUUCUGGCUGUUUCUGAUCCUGCACAAAUGAAGACUUCAGUGACCGAAACAAGUGCUCCCCAACUUGCCAAUCUGCUUUACUGGCUGAUGGUAGUAGGCUACAGCAUUCGCAACAUUGAAGUUCGCUUCGACAUGGAAAAAGUGCUCGGCACUUCUCCUAAGCUUGCUGAGUUACCACCGGGGGAGGACAUAUGAAGUUGCUGUAAAUUUACGAGCAGAUCUUCCCAAGACCUAUCGAUGGUGUUUAUCAAACAUCCAAAAGAGUGUUGGGGGAAAUACUCUUUAGAUACAAAUUACAAAUGGGAUUGGAGUCACAACAGUCUCAAUAAUUCUUUUCUUGGUUCCCCCCUUGGGGUAUUUUUUGUAACAACUUAAGAACAAAUGCUAAAAGAGUUGGCAUUCAAAGCCAUUGUGUGUCGCAACACUGAAAUGUUGUAGAUUGUGUUCUUUGCCCAUUUAUAUGAUAUAGUGACUUUGUAA